GCAAUCCCCGUCAUUUUAUGGUUCCGCUCUCUGCCAGUACUUUUGCAAUAUAACCGCCAUUCACCGCCCCCACGACGGUGCAAUUUUUCCGGCCGUCCUCGACAGUGACAUUAUCUGGCUGAUUACUCAUUGCAGAACGACCGCCGUCCUUGUUUGAUUUUUUUUUUAUCUUCUCCCUUUGCUGCCAUUGCUGCCAUUGCUUCUGUGGUUCGAUUGGUCGGCUUUUUAUACCCCGGAACUUGCAGCAUCUGCAGCUACGCGAGGCGAACGGUCCCGAAAUUUGUCUCAUCGACAGCGUUGUGUUUCACAGAGUACAAUCGCGGACCGUCCCCUGAGGCUUUAUACAGUCUGCGCGCAGCAUCAAAAGAGGCGUUGGUGAAGUUGUAAACAGUCCACGGCUGUUACACGACAGCCUUCAGUAUCCCCUAUUAUAGGCCCCAUAAUUCUUUUUUGGCCUCAUUGCGCCAUAAAUCUCAGCAGCCAUGCCGCCCCGAAGCCCCUUCUCAUCGCCAAGCCGUGAGCUCCACGUAGUUGUUCUUGGUGCAGGUGGCGUCGGCAAAAGUUGCCUCACUGCCCAGUUUGUCCACAAUGAAUGGAUCGAGAGCUAUGAUCCUACCAUCGAGGACUCCUAUCGCACUCAAGUUCAAGUCGAUGGUCGGCAGGUAAUUCUGGAAAUCCUCGAUACCGCUGGCACCGAGCAGUUUGUGGCCAUGAGAGACUUGUAUAUGAAGACGGGCCAAGGUUUCCUGCUCGUUUUCAGCAUCACGUCUCCCUCGUCGUUAAGCGAGUUGGAGAACCUGCGGGAGGAGAUUAUUCGCAUCAAGGACGAAGAAAAUGUCCCCAUGGUGAUUGUCGGCAACAAGGCUGAUUUGGAAGACGGCCGAGUCAUUGCUCGCGCCAAGGGCUUCGCCGUCUCCCAGAAAUGGGGAGCUCCAUAUUACGAGGCCAGUGCCAGAACACGAACCAACGUUGACGAAGUCUUCAUUGAUCUGUGCCGCCAAAUGCUCCGCAAGGAAGAUGAGACGGCAGAGCCCGACGAGGCUUCGAAGAUUGAUGCGCUCAAGAGCGCCAACAACAAGCGCAGGCGGCGCUCCAAGUUCCGUGACAGCACUCAUCCGCGAUGCGUGAUAUUGUAAUUGGUUUCUUUUCAUUGACCAAGAACCAAAUAUACCAAUAUCGGUUUUGAGAGAGAACAUGGAGACUUGUCAAGGAUCACCAGCAAG